AAUUUCUCACGUAUUCAUUUUCCAACUACUUAUUUUAUAUAGAAACUAAGCGGCGGAAUUGUUUACUGGUUGAUAAAAUGCAUUAAUAUUGUACAAAGGCUUUGAGAAAAGAAUGUAGAUUGUUAGUGUGUAUUGUUUUUGCGAAGAAAAACAUAAAUUUGCCUUCAUAAUCAAUUUAUUGAGCUGGAUGGUGGUUUGCUGAUUGAACUGACAGUGAACAUUGAAAGUUUGUUUUUUAUUCGAAAGUGUGAUUGAUGUGAAAAUACGAGUAUUAUGGUGGAUAUUUCCUUUCAUCGAAAUUGGUGUACAUUUGUGUUGUUUCUCGCCAUUGUGGAAUGCUGAACAUGCUGAACAGUCAAAUUAUUUAAUAUGUUCAUUGCAUUUGUCAAAAUAAUCGUAGCAAUCAGAGAAUGGAUUGGUGUCUUUGUUUUUAUACCCUUCGAAAAAGUAGAAAAGGAAAUUCUUGAAUACAACACGGAACAAACCAAUUAAAUUAGAGAUGUGAUAUAGAAAAUGGUUACGCUGCAAUGAACUACGAUGGACCUACGCGAUGUAUUCCAAAGAAUUCGAUUUUCUUCAUCAUAUUUAUCAACAUCAAAUCACAUGCACGACGAAUCUUCGAUAUUACUGCCUUCUGUUCAUAAACGUAGCGGAGAUUACAAAGAUCAGCUCAACAAUGUGAAUCAUAAGUACCGCCAGCUUUCAACAAUACUGGAGAAAAAUAAGGAUUUACAUCGUUCUCAGCAGCAUACACGCGAAUUCGUAUAUUACUAUAACAACCAGCCAACGUCUCAAGCCGACGUCACUUUCGAAAGUGUUUCAUUAGCUCAACCUUGGCGUGAAGUUGCAUUUCCUAUUGUUUUGUUCACAUCCGCGCUGAUAGGUGUUGUGUUGAUAGGAAUUGUGCUGCUGUUGUGGUUCAAAAGUUUAACUAAAAACGAUAAAGGAUUCAAGCGCAAACUUAUUGAUAAAACGAAGCUGUUAAAGCUUGACAAACAAUCUUUGCAAACGAACAGAAAGAUGAAUGAGUAUGAUUGUUCUCAGAUGGAUGUUCCGAUAACCAUAAUGUCAGGAGGUUCCAGUCUAAAACUUACCAACUUACCAAUUUCAACGAAAGGUCAUCUAUUAGAGCAUGCGCACUACAAAGAAGGAUCAAGGCGCAAAAAUAAUAGUUAUGAUAAUCUACAAAAAAUUUCUAGUCCCCAUUCCAUGAGGAGAGCAUACGCUAAACCAUCGUUAAAUAAUUUCGGAUUACCUACCACUCUGUCAGCCCCUUCUUCUCCAGCAAAAGCGACUGGAAGAAAUGGUCGAGUCAAUGAAUUUAGUUUCUUUGAAUGGCAAUCAUCAGGUUCGAGGAGUAAAUGUUCCAAGAAAGAAAUAUUUACAGAGCAUGAGCGCUCCGAUGAAUUGAGAGUUCAAGAUAAGUCUCUAAAAUGUAAGAUCAUUUCAACGAAGGAGUCAACAGCAGUGUCAGAAAACUCAGAAACAAUAAACUCACCAUCUGUAUUUUCGUCUCCAAAAGUAGUUCGUACACAAACAUCGGAAAAAGAGGUUUCUGUCGCCAGUCCUGUACCAUAUCCAUUUAUGAUGGACGACAAAGAAAACCUUCCAAAGUGUGCGUUAGCAUUUGAAGGUUGGAAUACACAUAAAUCCAGAGCAGAUAACCAAAUUGUGAAAAAAGUAGAAACAGCAUGUAACCAAACACCCCCGAACACAAAAAUUCUUACACAAUCGCCUUUAUUUUUCCCGAAUGAGCAUAAUUCGCCAGUUGUGUAUGAUUCAUCGUCAUCGCCCACAUUGAUACCGUCUCUAACACCCUCCUCUGUAUCUUCGUCGGUAACAUCAUCUGCUACAAAUACUACUCCAAAUGUAGAUUUUUGCAAAAGUAGCAGUGCAUGUAGUAUGAAAGGACGAUUCACAUUCUCACCUAAAGUAAUAAGCGAAUACAGUUAUCAGGAUUCUUCCCAGAGAGGAUUAAAGCAGACGGGAAAUGACCAUAAGUAUGGUAACUCAUACUUUCGUUUUCCCGAAGUGGAUACCUUCACUCCUCCCAACAGUGCACAGGUAUCGAAUCAAUUUGGUAUAAGCAAGACGAAUAAUUUGAAAAUACCCUCGCUUGUGACGUCUUGUGUUUCAUCACUAGAAACGAAUAUACAAGAACUUGCAUCAGCUCAAAAUACUUCGAUGUCUAAUCUAAAUGUAGUCCAAGAUCACGAUAAUUUCUUAACAACAGACAUAAAUGAUACAGCAGCAACAACAACAACAACGGUAGAGUCAGAAAAGUAUAGCUCUACAUCGGAUAACUGUAGUGAAAACCUUGCUUCUCAAAACCGUGUAUCACGACGUGUUCGUCUGAAAUCUAUUUCACUAGAUUCAGAAGGAGCUCGUUUGGUGGAAGAAAAUCUUACUUCUAGUAUUCCAGUAGAAGAACUUGUGGAAUUGGCUGCGAAUCAAACACAUUAUUCUACGUCAGAAAACCAUUUGCAGUUACAACCAUCAACACAUACUUUUUUAGAAGAGGUCGACAAAAGUUUUAAUUCAUUUAAACGACAGCGCAACAUUUUCAAUCUUACUCUAAACUUGGAUGAUAAAGACGAAACGUUGGCGGUUGAUAACGAUUAUAAGUUUAACGAAUUUUACUUCGAAUACUACGAUUAUGAUGAUGAGGAAGAUGAGGAAUUCAUCGUGGAAUGCGAUGGUGGCACAGGUUACAAUGAAAAGCCCAAGAAACAAAGUAAUCAGCUACAGACACCAAAAACACCAACUUUGACCCAGACUCGUAAGAAAGCAAGCUCCCUGGAUUCUGAUCAAUCCCUGAGAUAUAUACUCCCACAAACAGUGGUGACAUGUAGUUCAAUCGAUAGGAGUGAGCAGCGUAAUAAUUCGCGUUGCAUGAUGAUGAACUCUUCUACAUCAACGAUACGAACGUCUUCGUUAUCGGUACCCACGACGCCGAAACGUCAACCGUAUCGGUUACAACAGCAACAUGGGAAAUACAAACAAAAUCGUCACAUGAAUGACAACAUCUUCACCAUCGAUAACAGUCCGGCAUCUGAACGUCAUCCCUUGAGUAGCUUUCAGCAAAAAUUGGGGAGUUUCGAUGAGCAUACACAUCAUCAGAACUUAACCGAUUGUGACAGCAAAUCCAUCAAUAGUACAUGUUCCAAUACAUUCCUUCUACAGGAUGCGAAUGGCCCAAAUGCGAAUUUGAACACAUUGCCUGAAAUUACACCGACAUGUGAUUCCUCAGAAAUAUCGAAUGAGAUAACCAGAAUACAAAAACCACCGAUUCAAACGAUAAACAAAAGCCGAUCCAGUAUCCUUCAAAGAAGAGGUUCUAAUCAUAGUCUCACAUUGAAUCUCGACGCAAUACCCGUAUGUGGCGCCUUAUCUAAAGGUCUUUCAGCUUCCAACUAUAGUUUGGGUAACUAUACAGGAUCUCACUUAAGCUUAGCUGGAUCUUCAUACAAUUUACAGAACCAGCAGCACCAAAAUGCUCAAAAAUCGGUUGUACACGUACUACAAACAAAGAAAAAUCUCUUGCAGCGGCGUGGGUCAAAUACAAGCUUAAUCUUGAACUUGCAAGAAUCAAAUAGCAGUUUAAACCGUUUUAAUAGUCAUAGUUCACUCAACAUCCAAAGCCAACAACAUACCCGUCCAAUAAAGAAGGGGCUUCUCGAACGACGAAAUUCAAACACUAGUUUAACGUUAAUCAACAUUCAGAACCGUGCACUUUCUGUUUCAAACUGUAACAUUCCAGGCUCAGUUUGCAGCCUCAACAGUGUGGCAACAUACCAGACACAGAAUGAAGCCCUUAUGUUGGAAGAAGACGAGCAUCAGACAGUUUGCAACAAUAAACAGUCGAAUCACUGCAAUCGGAUAGCUUCUGGGCCAGUGAAUGAAUCUCAUUUGUCGCCAAACUGUCAACAGCAUGGAGGAAGGCGUAAAUUUCUCAGCUCAGACAGUCUUCAUAACAUAACCAGCGUUCGAGCUGGAUGUUGCUGUCAGCAGAAAGAGACAACUGUGAAUAAUUCUGAGCAUUGCUGCAAUGUCCACAGAAACAAUUAUGGUGGUUCAACAGAGGACGUUAAGCAGCAACCAAUGUUUCUCAAUACUGACUGUACGUGUAAGAUAAACAAGAACAACCAGGGAAUUGGAAAACUCAGCAUCACGUCAAAGGAUAUGUUCAGAUUUAAGCCCACGGUAACGUCCACUGCUUCCACCAAUAAUCUCACCCAAUUUACCUGCUGCGAUUGCUGUUGCUGCAACUGUGCUGAGUUACUUGCUGGUGGAGUUAAUGCAAUGAGUAUUAGCAACACAAAUGUUCGCCAAAUAACCACUAAGCCCCUAAGUCCACAAACCACAAGCGAAGACUUUAAAAUUUAUUUAGCGAAUAUUCAGUUCUUACAAAAUGCAUCAAAUUUGCUCUCAGAAGCAUACUUGAAAAAAUUGCAGCUUAUAUUCAAAAGGAGCUACGGCAGCUAUACUAAAACAUCGGAUGAUAAUGUCUUACCUGGGGCGAAUAAUGAUGUGAAAUUAACGAGUAUUUCCAUAGUCACAACGGUUUCUGACGUUAUCGCUGAUUCUACACAGUCUACAAACAAUGAAAAUAGCAGUGAUAACGAUGAGCUGCUAUCCGAUGACGAGCAGAAGAAGAUGAUACUAAAAAUUCAUCAAGAGUUUUGGAACUUACCGACAAACUAUCAAGAAAAACCUUUAGUUUUUGGAUCACAAUCGAAGAAUCGAUACAAAACGAUUUUACCGAACGAACAUUCAAGAGUAAUUCUUAAGGCCGAGCCGGGUAUUCCGACAGAACCAUACAUAAAUGCCAAUUUUAUUAAGGGCCCCGAUUACACUAACAACAGCUAUAUUGCUACUCAAGGUCCUAUGGCUAACACCAUAUACGAAUUUUGGCAAAUGGUUAAACAAAACAUAGUGAGAACAGCUUCGAACUCAAAUUAUAGUCACCAUCAUAUCGAGCAGAAACUUGUCAUGUUGACUAACUUUCUUGAGAAUAAUCGACAGAAAUGUUCAGUGUAUUUUCCGCAAAAUGUUGAUGAGUCUGUUGUUUUUGGAAGUUCCAUAGACGCUGAUACUAGUGUUGUACUGCAAAACAGCAAGAGUAUAAUAACAGAUACGCAAAACCAUGCAUAUGCUGUGCUAUCAAAACCUGCUAAUCCUGCUAUCGAUUUUAAUUAUUUUCUCAUAACGAAUAUUGGUAUAUGUCGCAAAAACGGAUACACGAUGCGGAAACUGUUUGUUAUUUAUGCGUAUCAGCAAAAAACAGAAAUGCUAGAGAUUCGCAGUGCUUAUACAGUUUACCAUUAUUGGUUCCCAGAUUGGCCAGAUCAUCGCUCACCGGAGGAUAUAGAUGUGUUGCUCGAUAUGAGUAUUGACAUAUUAGACAAUGAUUGUUGUAAUGAUUUCGAAAACACUGCAGGUGUAACCGAACGACUUUGCUCAUUACCGAUCAUUCAUUGUUCAGCAGGCAUCGGUCGGACCGGUUGCUUACUAGCAAUACUCAACGGUUUAAGUCAAAUGCGGUCUUCUUUGAAGUCUAGGAAAGAGGUAACGGGUACCAACGGUGAAGGUUCUGAAAAUGUAGAAAUGGGAAUGGAAGAAAAAACUGGAAUAUAUCAACCCACGACUCAUCAUACGGACACUAAAAUUUGUGUGGACAUACUAGGUAUCGUUUGUAAUUUAAGACUACAACGGGGCGGUAUGGUGCAGAAUUCUGAACAAUAUGAAUUAAUACACAGAGCAUUAUGUUUAUAUAUGCAACACCUAGGGAUUUAAUAUAGUAAUAUAAUUCACCGAUAGAUCACAUAUGUGUUACUCAAUGGCUUGUUUAUAAUGCAGAUUAACAUACUACCAAAGAAUAUACGAUUUCUAAGUGUAGGCAAGUAAAAAAUAACAUUCAUAGUCAACUGCGUCAUACUUACUAAACAUAAACUAUGAUUAAAGCUGUCAAAUUUCGGCAAGAUAAUAUAAUUCUCAUAAGUAAACAAUUUAAAAUUUAUGGAGCCAAUAAUAUAUUGUAUGUUGAAAUAUAA